AUGCUAAACGCCCGCGGACCAAAACAACCGCGACGCCAACUUCUAGCAGACGUGGUGAAGAACAUGGCUUCGCAACAUCCUUCCUUUUUCCGCGGUAUAAAGGCAGCGUAUCGUUUAUGUGCGCUUCGAGUCUGCUCCGCCUUUAAAACGGUUUCAGAAGAAGCAGCACUGGUUAUCGUUGGAAUGUAUCCAAUAGAGAUAUUGGCAAACGAAGCUGCAGUAUUGGCUGACAGUGAAAUGCAACGCAUCGUAGCACGGGAAACUAGUACCCAAACUCUGCAGCAAAUAUGGAAUAAUACAACGAAGGGCCGCUGGACAGAUCGCUGCAUUCCAGACUUGCGAAGCCGGAUUGAAAGAAAACACGGAGAAGUGGAUUUCUAUCUGACGCAAUUUUUAACACCUCCAUCGAUUCAAACAUGA